AUGAUUGCCUUGACCAAAUCAUUGGCCUUGUGCACUGUCUUCAUAUUCCUUUCCAUUUCGAUUCUACUCUUUAUCGCUGUAUUUUACAUCUGCAAAUAUCAUUACGAGAGGAUUCAAUUGGCACAAUGUGCGAUUUAUAUGAAACCGGAGGAAGUGGAUAAAAAUUGUAGUAGAAGAGGAGAAAAGGAAAUCGAAGCCGAUUGUGAGAUGGAACUUCCAUAUUAUUCUGUCCUCAACAUUCCCAAAAUAUUGCUUACACCAGAAGAACUGCCUCCAGAAUACCAUGAGCUAGAAUCUGCUCGUGCCUCUCCACUCCCUUCAUACGACGACGUCAUGUACUGUGACCAACUAAGUCGUUCAUUCCAGAACUUGUUGUCUCCGCGAUAA